GAUUUAUGUGGGCAUCAUUCCUGUGAUACUCUGGGAAUGGCAGACGUUGGGACCAUAUGCUCUCCUGAGCGCAGCUGUGCAGUGAUUGAAGAUGACGGCCUCCAUGCAGCUUUUACAGUGGCUCACGAAAUUGGGCAUUUGCUUGGGCUUUCCCAUGAUGACUCAAAAUUUUGUGAGGAGAACUUCGGCUCCAUGGAAGAUAAGCGCCUGAUGUCCUCCAUUCUGACGAGCAUCGAUGCUUCAAAACCCUGGUCCAAGUGCACUUCAGCAACUAUAACAGAAUUUUUCGAUGAUGGUCAUGGUAACUGUUUGCUGGACCAACCAAGAAAGCAGAUCCUGGGCCCCGAGGAGCUGCCGGGACAAACCUACGAUGCCAUUCGUCAGUGCAAACUGGCGUUUGGAGCUGAAUACACGGUGUGUCCCGGUAUGGAUGUGUGCUCUCGCCUCUGGUGUGCGGUCGUGCGCCAAGGGCAGAUGGUUUGUCUGACUAAGAAGCUGCCUGCCGUGGAGGGAACACCGUGCGGAAAAGGGAGGAUCUGCCUCCAGGGAAAAUGUGUUGACAAAACCAAGAAGAAAUACUACUCAGCUUCAAGCCACGGUAACUGGGGGUCCUGGGGACCUUGGGGACAGUGCUCCCGUACCUGUGGCGGAGGAGUUCAGUUUGCUUAUCGUCACUGCAAUAACCCAGCUCCGAGAAACAACGGCCGGUACUGCACUGGCAAGAGGGCUAUCUACCGCUCCUGCAACGUCGCACCCUGCCCGGCAAAUGCUAAAUCUUUUCGACAAGAGCAGUGUGAAGCAAGGAAUGGCUAUCAGUCUGACGCAAAGGGUGUCAAGACAUUUGUUGAAUGGGUCCCCAAGUAUGCUGGAGUACUUCCCGGAGACGUUUGCAAGCUCACCUGCCGAGCCAAAGGAACUGGCUAUUAUGUGGUAUUUUCUCAGAAGGUAACUGAUGGUACUGAAUGCCGACCGUACAGUAAUUCAGUCUGCGUCCGGGGAAAAUGCAUCCGAACUGGUUGCGAUGGCAUCAUCGGUUCAAAGCUCCAGUAUGACAAAUGCGGGGUGUGUGGAGGAGACAACUCCAGCUGCACAAAAGUCAUGGGAACCUUCACCAAAAAGAGCAAGGGCUACACAGACGUUGUGAAAAUCCCCGAAGGGGCAACCCACAUCAAAGUUCGGCAGUUCAAGACUAAGGACCAGAGCAGGUUCACCGCGUACCUGGCCCUGAAAAAGAAAAACGGUGAGUACCUUGUCAACGGAAAAUACAUGAUCUCCACUUCCGAAACGAUCAUUGACAUCAACGGGACUGUCAUGAACUACAGCGGCUGGAGUCACAAAGACGAUUUCUUGCACACAAUGGGACACUCUGCCACAAAAGAGAUUCUUAUUGUGCAGAUACUUGCGACCGAUCCGACUCAACCAGUGGACGUCCGCUAUAGUUUCUUCGUGCCAAAGAAGCAAGGGCAAAUGACUAACUCUGUCACCGGCAGCGGCGGCAGCAGCAGCGGCAGCAGCAGCAAAGUAACUCCCCAGCUCACGCAACCCCGCUGGGUUACGGGGCCGUGGCUUUCUUGUUCUCGAACGUGCGACACAGGAUGGCACACCAGGACUGUCCAGUGCAAAGAUGGGCAUGGAAAAUUAGCGAAGGGAUGUCUUCUCUCUCAGAGACCCUCAGCAUUUAAACAGUGCUUGUUGAAAAAGUGUUAA